AAGGCAAGCAACCAUUUCGCCGCUCUUCGAAUUCGAAAGCCGGCGUCUCCACCUCGCCGGAGUCCGCCACCGAUGGAUCCCGCGGCGCCGGGGAGGUUCGACAUCCUCCAAACGUCGUUCAAGGCCGCUUCCAAGUGCCUCCUCACAGCAUGCUCCCGCGAGGCUGUCAAGAGGGCUUUCCCGUCGUUCACGGAUGCCGAGAGGGAGCGUCUGUACCAUAUGCUCACCCGCGUGAUGAAGGCUAUGCAUGCCACCAUAGAGGAGGAGUUUGACGAAGUCUGCCAAGAAAGACAGGUUGCUGCUGCCCUUGACAAGAUAGAUGAUUUCGAUGAAGAGCAAAAUCUGGAUGUAUUACCUUCAGAGAAGACUAGCAUUGAAGAAAUCGAAGAAAAGAUAUCAAGGGCAAAGAAAGAUGAAAUUGAACAUUUGGCUGCUUUACUGAAAAAGGUUGAAGAAAGUAACAAUGCAAUGAAAGCUCGACUUGAACUUCUGAAGAAAGGAGAGGAUUCAACUGCAUCAAGGGAUGUUCUCAAUAAGCUGACACAAUUGAAUUCUACAUACGCGUGUGAACAAUGAUGGCCGGGCCGUUCUGAUGAUUACUCACUGUUGUCGAUGGACAUCUUUUGUACAUUGAUUUGGUAGAUAUGUUAGAUGGGAUGAUGCAUGAUUCAGGAAUGAGCCAGGAUGCUAUCUGAUGAUUCAAGAACCCCUUAUGGAUUCGCUGUACCGUGUAACAAACACAGUUGUGUUUUGGAUAUGAACCUUAGAUCCUGCUGUUGUUUCUCUUA